CUAAAGCCCAUCUCAAUAAUUAGUGUGACACAGAGAACCUGAUGCCACCUCUCCGGAUUGUCCCAAGCCAUUUACUUUCCCAGCUGUAUUGUGGAUUGAAGCCUCCAGCCUCUAUACAAACCAAGAUUUGCCUAACAAUGGCCCGUCCAAGUUCAAGUAUGGCUGACUUCCGGAAGUUUUUUGCAAAAGCCAAGCACAUAGUCAUCAUUUCCGGGGCUGGCGUCAGUGCUGAGAGUGGGGUACCGACGUUCAGAGGAGCGGGAGGUUAUUGGAGAAAAUGGAAAGCUCAGGACCUGGCCACCCCUCAGGCCUUUGCCCGAAACCCAUCCCAGGUGUGGGAGUUCUACCACUACCGGCGGGAGGUGGUGCAGAGCAAGGAGCCCAACGCCGGUCAUCUGGCCAUCGCUGAGUGUGAGGCCCGGCUGGGCAGGCAGGGCCGACGGGUCACGGUCAUCACGCAGAACAUCGAUGAGCUGCACCGCAAGGCUGGCACCAAGAACCUUCUGGAAAUCCAUGGUAGCUUAUUUAAAACUCGAUGUACCUCUUGUGGAGUUGUGGCUGAGAAUUACAAGAGUCCAAUUUGUCCAGCUUUAUCAGGAAAGGGGGCUCCAGAACCUGAAACUCAAGAUGCUAGAAUCCCAGUGGAGAAACUUCCCCGGUGUGAAGAGGCAGCAUGCGGGGGCCUGCUGCGACCUCACGUGGUGUGGUUUGGAGAAAACCUGGACCCUGCCAUCCUGGAGGAGGCUGGCAGGGAGCUGGCCCUCUGUGACUUGUGUCUAGUGGUGGGAACUUCCUCGGUGGUCUACCCCGCCGCCAUGUUUGCUCCCCAGGUGUCUGCCCGGGGGGUACCGGUGGCCGAAUUUAACAUAGAAGCCACCCCUGCAGCGAACAGAUUCAGGUUUCAUUUCCAGGGGCCAUGUGGGACGAUGCUUCCUGAAGCCCUUGCGCCUCAUGAAACUGAAACUGUUUCUUAAUUGCCCUGAGGAAGGAAUAAAUCACAGCGCAUCUUGAAGUACCAGGCCACCAACAGGAGAGACAGUCUUGUGGAUGGUGAGCUGAAUACUGAAAGGUCUGAAUGUAUCUUCUGGAAUCCAAACUGCUGAUAAGUGACGGGACUUAGAGGAAAUAGUAGUGAACGUGUUUAGAAGGAGAAGUCACAGAACUUCUCAAGUCAAUUCACGUUAUUUGGUUUGAACCUAAACAUAAGAUACCUCUGAUGUGUUUGGUUGGUUACCGGGAGGGAAACAACUUUGUAAUUAGAUUGUCUAAAAAAAGUAAUUUUUUUUUUGCUAUUUGGGUAGAGGGGUAAAACCCUGGUAUUUCUGAUUUUUGUGCAAGGUUUGGUGGAAAAUAAAAUCCCUUUCUACAGCAGGUAAUUGACUGUA